UGCUACAUACUUGACUAAUGAGUAUGAAUUGCCAUUUGUUUUGUUGGGGUCAAUCACCAUGGACAGUCUAUUCUAUUGGGGUGUGCAUUGGUGUCGCAUGAGGACUCAGAUACGUUCAGAUAGAUUUUUCGGCAGUGGCUUUGUUACAUGGGGAAUAAAGCCCCGGUCGGUGUCCUUACAGACCAAGCUACUGCGAUGCGUAAGCCGUUGGAAGAAAUUAUGUCGAACACUAUACACGGGUGGUGCAUCUGGCAUAUUAUGUCGAAAUUUGGUGACAAGCUUGGCAAAUGCCCGAAAGUUUAAAAAUAAGCUGAAAACUGUGAUAUAUGAAAGCUUCACUGUGGAUGAGUUUGAGGAGAAUUGGGUUGCAUUGAUUAAGUACUACAAGCUGGAAAAUAAUGAGUGGUUGACUUAUAUGUUCAAAGAGAGACACAUGUGGGUUCCGACCUUCAUGAAGAUUACUUUUGGGCUGGUAUGA